AUGCCUCAAGGUACCCAGGGGCGAAGCCAUCGAGGACCGCUGAGUCGAGCGGGGACGGCGUAUGGUCGCACGAGGACAGCUUCGGCCUGUCAGAUAUGCCGAGCCCGACGAGCGAAAUGUGACAACGAGAAACCUUGCUCCUACUGCCGUCGAAUUGGGGCAACGUGCUCAUCCGAGCCUGCGUCGGCAACGGCAGGUUUUGAUCCGGCCAGUCUGACCAUUCUGGCUAAGUUAGAGGCGCUCCAAAACGAGGUGGCAUCGCUGUCGGACCGGUUGCAAAGACCACGUUCAACUUCCCACUCCUCCCCAGGUUCCACGGUAGUCGCCCACGCUUCCCCACAUACUCCGCCCCAACAAGCCCCGUUCACCCUGUCCUUGGAUCGCCAUUUGCAGCGCGGCAAUAUCAGUCAGGUGCUGGCCUGGAACAUUUGGCAGCCUCAUGAGCCUCCUCAAUGUCUCACAGCAGGUGAGGGGGACCCCGGGCCCGACACAACGUCAUUCGGCAGAGUACAAACGCCUCAAUUGCAUCAAAACCUUGAUCUGAGCCUUUUCCCCGGGUUUUUAGAUGCCUUUUUCCGCAACGUCCACGUCUUGAACCCGAUGCUAGAUGAACAGCAGGUUCGCGCUCAGCUGACGAAUUCUCUGCUAAAUGGCAUUGGCUGGGAUGCAGCUUCCUGCCUUCUCCUGCUAGUGCUCGCUAAUGGUGCCUGCUCUUCUGAAUUUGGCGAGCUCCCGAUGACCGGUCCCACCGGUGGUCGAGAUGAGCAUCGGCGGCUAAAUGCACAGGCCUUGUUCGAUGCCGCGGAGAACCGUAAGCACACUCUGUGGCGCAGCGACUAUCUGACGCAGGCGAGAUGUCACUUCUACAGUGGCUUGUUCAUGAUGGUCUGGAUGCGACCGUUCGACGCUUGGCGCUAUUUUCUCCAGGGGUUGGCUACUUGCCAGAGGUUGACAGCUCCGGAGAACUGCCGUAGCCCCCGAGAUCCCGCGCAGGUUGAAAGGCAGGCUGAAGAGAGCAUCUACUGGUCGUGUUGGAAGUCUGAGCGAGAGCUCCGCUUUGAAUUGGACAUGCCUAAUUUCAGUUCGACGGGAUAUGACCAUCCCAUCAUGUUUCCGACUCUGCCACCCCAAGUGUUUGACCAAGAGCAGCUCAGGGCGUGGUACUUCUAUCUCGCGGAAAUUUCUCUCUGGCGUUCCGAAAUGACGGCACGGAAAACACUGUCAGAGUUUGUGAAACAGCAGCCGAGUGCUUUGGAAGUUCUGGCGGAGCGGAUAGUUGAUCUCGAGGCAUCUUUGGCUUCCUGGCAGGCCUCGUUGCCGGAUGCAAUCAGCUUCGACCCCGGACUACAGAGCAAUGCAGUAGACAUACUUCACUUUGUCCUUCAAGGUCGAUUGACUUACAACUACGAAGUACUCACGUGGCCAUUUCUAGAGACCCAGUUACUCUUCGGAUCACACAGAACCGUUCGUGUAUCCGAACUGGUUGCCAGGGGCGUACGCGUUCACUACGAUCGACUCUCAAUCAACCGCCCGGGGUUCUAUUAUCGGCACCAUGGCACUUGGCUGAUGCGGCGCUCGUCGACACGUAGUGCAUGCAUCCUCUUGGCAGUCGCUCGGAGCAAUUUCUCCGAUAUCCUCCCGGCAGGGUGGCAAGCAUUGCUGUCAGAUACAAUCGCAAUGCUUGAGUAUUGGAGUGAAACGCCCGAGGAUGAAACCGUUGUCUUUUUGAAAUCAGUCUUGCUUGAAUUCAUUCAAUAG